AUGUUUUUAACAGAAUGUGACCUCACAAGCAUACUAGAGAAAAGCAUCUUGGAUUGGACUGUGUGGAGAAAUCGAAAAAGAAAUAUCAUAAGAGAAAUUGAGGGCAAUUCUCCAUAUCCAGGAAAAGACUGCUGGGUACACAUCAGUAGAGAAUCACCAGAGAAAGAGAAUGCAUGUCAGGAUUUCUCACUAACGCAGACAAGCAAUCUUUAGUCACUCUGAAGGACCGACGCAUUCAAAUUUGGCAUACCAUUACACCUGUGAGCAGAAAAAGAUGGAUGCAGAUGCUGAAGAUAAAAGGCUGCAUACUCGCUCAAAAGGAACCAAGGUGCAAGUAGACUCUCUGGUACAGGAGCUCAGUGCUGCAUAUGGCUGCCCCAUGGCAAAAAAGAGGAAAACGGAAGAGCCAGCCUUAGGUGUUCCAGUCAACAAAAGGAAAUCUCUUUUAAUGAAGCCUCGUCACUACAGCCCCAGUGUGGAAUGCAAAGAGGAAAAUGAGGACCAAAGUGAGACAGAGGAAGAUGAUUGUCUCUUGGAGAUGAAUGGCCAUCCCAUUGCAGAAGAAAAUCUUGUGAAACCUACCGAAGGGAUACUUCAUUCGAGUGGAAAAGAAAGCUUCAACCGAAAUAAAGACAGUUAUACCAGCUACCAAGACCUAGUGGUCAAAUCUUUAAUGCACUUGGGAAAAUUAGACCAAGAUGCCUCCAUACAAACACUAAAUGAAAACCUAAAUGAUAGUGGCAUUCAGUCACUAAAAACUGAAAGUGAUGAAGUAGACGACUGUUUCAUGAUCCAUUCAGCUGAUUGCAAGGCCAAAAUCAGUGAUUCUAACCUACGGUACUGCUCAUCUGAUGACAAUGAAAGCCACUCUGAAAUUGCAGAAAAUGGUUGGGAUAGUGGUUCCAACUUCUCAGAAGAAACUCCUGAAAAACCCCAUGUGGCUCAAACUUAUAUUGUAAGUAAUAAUCAGAAGGAGCCCUUGGAAGCUCCAGAAAUUAAAACUGAAGUGGAAAAUUUUGUCCCCUGUGAAAAGGUGUGUGAAUCUGAAAUGGAGAUUAGAGAAUCACAGACUUCUCCCAUGGAAUCCUUGGAGAGUAGAGCUCAAAAUCCUCUCCCAGAAGGUGAUGAAGAUGACACUGAGUGCCUAUCUAUAACAACAGAAGAGUCAGUUGACCUGGAUAAAACAAAAGGGCACUUGAGUUUGCUAGAGCAGGCCAUCGCUCUGCAGGCAGAGCAAGGCCAUGUGUUUCAUAGCACCUACAAAGAACUGGACAGGUUUCUAUUGGAACACCUAGCUGGUGAAAGGAGGCACACCAAAGUUAUUGACAUGGGUGGAAGACAAGCCUUUAACAGCAAACAUUCACCUAGACCUGAAAAGAGAGAGACCAAAUGUCCCAUUCCAGGAUGUGAUGGCACAGGGCAUGUGACGGGACUCUAUCCACAUCACCGCAGUCUCUCCGGCUGCCCUCAUAAAGUCAGAGUGCCCCUAGAAAUUCUUGCCAUGCAUGAAAAUGUGCUCAAGUGUCCCACCCCUGGAUGCACAGGAAGAGGCCAUGUCAACAGUAACCGCAACACACAUAGAAGUCUUUCUGGUUGUCCAAUUGCUGCAGCUGAAAAAUUGGCAAUGUCCCAGGAUAAAAAUCAGCUUGACUCUCCCAAAACCGGGCAGUGUCCUGACCAGGUUCACAGGACAAGCCUAGUGAAACAACUUGAGUUUUCUCAGUUCAGUUUCCGAUCAUCACAAACAGUCACAUCUCCUAGAGCUACAAUAACAAAAGAACAAGAGAAGUUUGGAAAAGUUCCAUUUGAUUAUGCCAGCUUUGAUGCUCAGGUUUUCGGAAAACGCACAAUAGUACCAACAAUACAAGGACAAAACCCCUCUCAGCUUCCUGAAUCAAAGCAUUUUUCAAAUCCAGUGAAACUUUCCAAUCGACUGCCUAGUGCUAGCGCCCACACACAGAGCCCUUGCCGUGCCAGCUCUUAUAGCUACGGUCAAUGUAGUGAAGACACCCACAUGGCAGCAGCUGCUGCUAUCCUGAACCUUUCCACCCGCUGCAGGGAAGCAGCAGAGAUCCUCUCCAACAAACCACAGAGUCUGUCUGCCAAGGUAGCUGAGAUACAAGUGGAUGAAAAUGGCACUUUGGACUUAAGCAUGAAAAAAAAUCGAAUCCUGGACAAGGCCACACCUCUAAACUCUCCUCAUAUUUCAAUUCCGACUUCUUCAUCUUCCCCAUUCAAAACAAGCAGCCUCUUGGUAAAUGCUGCCUUUUAUCAGGCUCUCUGUGAGCAGGAGGGCUGGGACACACCUAUCAACUACAGCAAGACUCAUGGGAAGAAAGAAGAAGAAAAAGAGAAAGACCCAGUGAGCUCUCCAGAAAAUUUAGAGGAAAAAAAAUACCCAGGAGAGGUCUCCAUCCCAAGUCCUAAACCCAAGCUCCAUGCCAGAGAACUCAAAAAGGAACUCAUAACCUGUCCAACUCCUGGAUGUGAUGGAAGUGGGCACGUAACAGGAAAUUAUGCAUCACACCGCAGUGUAUCUGGAUGCCCUUUGGCUGAUAAAACACUAAAAUCCCUUAUGGCUGCCAACUCUCAGGAGCUUAAGUGCCCAACCCCUGGUUGUGAUGGUUCAGGACAUGUGACUGGAAAUUAUGCUUCCCAUAGAAGUUUGUCUGGCUGCCCCCGGGCCAGAAAAGGUGGUGUCAAAGUAACUCCUACUAAGGAAGAUAAAGAAGAUCCUGAACUUAAAUGUCCUGUGUUAGGAUGUGAUGGUCAAGGUCACAUAUCAGGUAAAUACACUUCCCAUCGCACUGCUUCUGGUUGUCCUCUGGCUGCCAAAAGACAGAAGGAGAAUCCUCUCAAUGGGUCCUCGUUAUCCUGGAAAUUGAACAAACAAGAGCUGCCACACUGUCCCCUACCAGGCUGCAAUGGACUGGGACAUGUAAAUAAUGUUUUUGUCACCCAUAGAAGCUUGUCUGGAUGCCCUCUAAAUGCACAAGCCAUAAAAAAGGGCAAGGUCUCAGAAGAAUUAAUGACUAUCAAGCUUAAAGCAAGUGGUGGUUUAGAGAGUGAUGAGGAAAUUAGGCAUUUGGAUGAGGAAAUAAAGGAACUGAAUGAAUCCAACCUUAAAAUUGAAGCAGACAUGAUGAAACUCCAGACCCAGAUCACAUCUAUGGAGAGUAAUUUAAAAACAAUAGAAGAGGAGAACAAGCUUAUUGAGCAGAACAAUGAGAGCCUGUUGAAGGAACUGGCUGGCCUGAGCCAAGCCCUCAUCUCAAGUCUUGCCGACAUUCAACUUCCACAGAUGGGACCAAUCAGUGAGCAGAAUUUCGAAGCAUAUGUAAAUACACUCACAGACAUGUACAGCAAUCUGGAGCGGGACUAUUCCCCGGAAUGCAAAGCUCUGCUGGAAAGUAUCAAACAGGCAGUGAAGGGUAUCCAUGUGUAG